AUGUCUGUCCUCUCACUCUAUAUCAUUUUCUUGAUCAACAUCCUUCCUCAGAUUAUUGCUCAAGUGACUCACGACAUAGCAGAAAAUCUUGAAACUGAUUUGGAGACUUACAUUGUUCAUGUCAAGCAAACAGAUGGCACAACUUAUGGUGGGGUAGAAGAUCUGAAGGCUUGGCACCAAACAUUUGUACCUGUCGUCAGCACAUCGAGGUCAGGGGAUGGUCAUCAUCAAAGUCGUCUGCUUUACUCAUACAUAGAUGUGAUCAGCGGAUUUUCUGCAAGGCUAACAAAGGAAGAAUUGGCAGCCAUGGAACUUAAAGAAGGAUUCGUGUCAGCACGUCCUGAGAUGACAUUUCAUCUACAGACAACCCACAGCGCUCGUUUCUUGGGUCUGGACUUAAAACCAGGGCUAUGGAACCGAACCAAUUAUGGAAGUGGGAUUAUAAUUGGAGUGCUGGACACAGGAGUUUCUCCCGCUCAUCCUUCCUUCACUGGCAAAGGGAUGUCGCCGCCUCCAUCCAAAUGGAAAGGGAAGUGUGAGUUCAAACUAUCACACUGCAACAACAAACUGAUUGGUGCAAGAACUUUCAACGGAGGCAAACCUGAAACACCGAUUGAUCGAGAUGGACAUGGCACUCACACGGCAAGCACAGCAGCUGGUGGCUUUGUGAGCAAUGCUAAUGUGUUUGGGAAUGCCAAGGGUACAGCAGCAGGAAUGGCACCUGGUGCCCAUCUAGCCAUUUACAAAGUCUGCUCACAUAACUGUAUUGAGAGUGAUAUACUUGCAGGGAUGGAUGCAGCGAUUCAUGAUGGGGUCGAUAUUAUCUCAAUCUCCCUAGGAGCAGACCCUGGAGUUCAACUAUAUAAAGAUGGUAUCACGGUGGGGGCAUUAGCAGCAGCAAAGAAGGGGAUAUUUGUGAGCAUGGCAGCUGGAAAUUCUGGGCCUGGAUAUAGCACAUUGUCUAGUGAAGCCCCUUGGGUUUUAACAGUUGGUGCAAGCACCAUAGACAGAAAAGUUCUGGCUACUGCAAAGCUAGCAAAUGGGAAGACAUUUGAAGGUGAAUCCCUUUUCCAACCCAGGGAAUUUCACUCGACGACGUUGCCACUUGUUUAUGCAGGGAUGAACAAGAAGCCAUUGUCGGAAUUCUGUGGGAAAGGAUCAUUGGUAGGGAUGAAUGUGAAGGGCAAAGUUGUUCUGUGUGAUAGAGGUUUGGUGGAUAGACUUGACAUAGGCAAGGAAGUGAAAAAUGCUGGCGGCGCAGCAUUGAUACUUGCAAAUGGAGAACAGGAUGGGUUCAGUACGUUAGCUGAUCCUCAUGUUCUUCCUGCUACACAUGUCAGCUAUGCAGCAGGGCAGAAGAUUAAAGCUUACAUAAAGGCAAAUAAGCAAGCAAGAGCAACCAUUUUAUUCAAAGGAACAACCUUAGGAGACAGGACAGCUCCAGCUGUAACUUCUUUCUCAUCAAGAGGGCCAACGAUGGUGUGCAGAGGAAUUCUGAAACCAGACAUUAUGGGGCCUGGAGUGAGCAUCCUAGCAGCAUGGCCAUCCCGAGGGACGAACAAGAUGAAGAACCCGAGAUUCAAUAUCGAGUCUGGCACAUCUAUGUCAUGCCCUCAUCUGAGUGGGAUUGCAGCAUUGCUCAAGCACUCUCAUCCAACCUGGUCACCUGCUGCCAUCAAAUCUGCUAUAAUGACAACAGCCGAUAUCCAAAGCAGGAGAGGCACCACAAUUAUUGAUCAAGAUGAUCAACCUGCCGACCUCUUUGCCAUUGGAGCUGGCCAUGUUAACCCAUUGAAGGCAGAUGACCCCGGUCUGAUCUAUGACAUCCACCCUGCAGAAUAUAUAGGGUACCUGUGUAGCUUAGGGUACACAAAUAAACAAGUUUGGAUUAUCACAAGAAUGUCAAUCAAAUGCAAAACGCAAAGAAAGAUACCUGGAGGACAGCUCAACUACCCUUCACUCUCGGUAACACUAGGGCGCUCCCAGACAUUGAUAAGAACAGUUACAAAUGUUGGUCAGGGGAAUUCAAGCUAUUAUGUGAAGAUCACUCCUCCAAUCGGGGUCCGAGUAGCUGUGAAGCCUUCAGAGUUACACUUCACAAAGGUGGGCCAGAAUGCGAAAUACGCUGUGACGUUCAUUCGUACCAACGAAACCAGAUUACACCAACAAUUUGCUCAAGGAUAUCUGUUAUGGGUUUCUGCUAAGCACAGUGUCAGAAGUCCCAUCUCUGUGCAGUUCGGCUGA